AUGACAACAUCUCUCAUCUCUCCCCUCCUCUCCCCACCCCCCGUCAUAAUCGUCGGCUCCGGCCUCGCCGGCCUCUCCGCCGCCUCCCAACUCCUCACCCACAACAUCCCAGUCUACAUGCUCGACCGCGCCCCCAAACCCGGCGGCAACUCCAUAAAAGCCUCCUCCGGGAUCAACGGCGCCCCCACCCGCUUCCAGCCCGCCUCCGUCCCCGACUCCGUCGCAACAUUCCUAAACGACACAAUCGCCUCGGCCGGCGUCCCGCUGGCAAACGCAACGGGAGCCGACCGCGCGCGCAGAGAACAGCUCCUCGCCACGCUGACCGCGAACUCCGCGGAGGCCGUGUACUGGCUCACGGAGAAAGGGGUGGAUUUGAGCCGGGUGGCGCAGCUGGGCGGACACUCGUGGCCGCGCACGCACCGCGGCGCGGGCAAGGAGCCGCCUGGCUCGGCGAUCGUGAGGACCCUGCUCGGGGAGUUGCGGGCAGAUCCGAGGUUUACGUUGCGGAGUGGGGCGCGGGUGACGAGGGUGCUGCGGAAGGCAGAUGAGGUGUGCGGGGUGGAGUAUGUGGCGGAGGGGAACGCGGAGCAGGCGGGGUCUGGGUCGGAGGGACAGACACAGCCGGAGGCGAAGACGGAGGUGAUUGAAGGACCGGUGAUUUUUGCGUCGGGGGGCUUUGCGGGUGACUCUAGGGGUCUCUUGGAGAAGUAUCGGCCGGAUCUGGCUGGGUUGCCGUCGACGAAUGAGGCGAGGGAGGGCUCGCAGCCGUUGCUGGAGGGGGUUGGCGCCGCGCUGGUGGAUAUGGAGUAUGUGCAGGUGCAUCCGACGGGGUUUGUGGACCCCAAGAAUCCCGAAGUGAUUGUGAAGUUUCUUGCGGCGGAGAUGCUGCGCGGAGAAGGUGGGAUUUUGUUGUCCGGGGAGGGGACGCGGUUCGUGAAUGAACUCCAAACACGGCAGCGCGUGGUGGAUGCCAUUGUCGCGUCCGCAGAACGACUGGACACGGCGACUCGGCAGUGGGAUGUGACGCUUGUGUUGGAUGAAGGGGCUGCAGCUGCCGCUGGAUCGCACAUGGAGUUCUACGCUUGGAAGGGCUUGAUGCGCAAGACGACGGUAGGCGAGCUGGGUCCGAGGGCGCUACAGACGAUGCAAGACUACGCGGAGGUGGUCUCCGGCAAGAAGAAAGAUCCAUUCGGCCGGACAGCAUUCGGCCACUGGAAAUUGGCGGAAGUCACCCCAGACAGCGUGGUGUACGCCGGAAAAGUGACGCCAGUGACUCAUUUCACCAUGGGUGGAGUGGUAAUCGACGCACAGAGCCGGGUUCACAACCAAGAAGGCCAACCAAUCCACGGACUGUGGGCAGCGGGAGAGGUGACUGGAGGCGUUCAUGGACAAAAUCGACUGGGGGGAUCUUCGUUACUGGAGUGCGCCGUGUUUGGAAGGAUUGCAGGGGAUCAGGCUGCAGAGUUCCACGACAAACACUGGAAAAAUGAGUGA